AUGGUACUAUGAAAUUAUUUCUUUAUUAAAUACAACAAAUAUAGUAUAAUAUGUCCCAAAUAAAAUUUUAUUUUUGAUAUAAUUGUUUUCGUUUGAGGUUUCACCAAUGAACCAUCAGACCAGUUGAACUGAUUGCCAGCCAAAAUGCAAGACAGCUCACCCGACCUGAGCCUGAAGCUGCGACGCGGCUCUAGCGGGUCGCGCGUCUUCUACAUGGACUUCGCUCAGGGCAUCGACUCGGACAUCGAGGAGGUGGCGACCACUUCGGCGCUGCCCACCCACCAGGAGUGCACCACGGAUGACGCCGCUUCCACGCCCACCGCCACCACUGUCAAGGACGAGACACCAUGCUGGGUGGGAACAGUCGGCGAGCCAGUUCUGCUUCCGUCACCAGCCAGCCCCAGUGCGGUGAUCGUCAGUCCGGAGACUCUGUCGCAUCACUCGGCGUCACCCGUGCGACAGGCGGCACCUCCCACGCACCCGCAAGCGCGCGCACCCUCGCAGGCCACCACCUCCUCCACCAAGGGCAUCAGUCUGCCCAUACAUCAUGGCCUAUCCACCUCACUGUCCGGGCUAGCACACCCGAGCACGGCAAUGAUGCCGUCUAUGAUGCCCUACGGCCACCCUGCCUUGCCGCCCGUCAAGAGGCCUUCGCGGAUCGACCAGCUGCAGGUCAACUGGCGGAAAAUGGGCACCCAAGCCUUAGCUACUACGCUGUCUGCUCUGUAUGGGAAACUACUGGUUGUCAUGGGAAUCGCUUUUCCUAUGGCUGAGGUUAUUUCAACACAUAUCCCACCGUCGUUCUACGAAGGAUUUUAUCUAUAUUUGUAUCUGGGAAGCAUGGCGUUCCUAUUUUACAUGUAUGCCAUGCUUCUACGCAAACCAAAGAAAGAAAAGAGCCUGAGCACGAGUAACGGAACAACUGAUUCGAUAAAACGUCCGCACGAAACGUCUUCGGUGAGCUCGAGUGACGAGUGCGAGAGUGGUCGUGACACGAGACAGAACUACGUGACAGACACCGAGAUGAGCACCACGGCCACUGAGAGCAACAUGUACCGGGGUUACAACGGCCAUGUCAGGCGCACGUCUGCAUCGGUGCCUUUCCAGCACUACGGUAGCUUCUAUCUCAGAAUGGGCGCUGUUGCUUUUGGAAUCGGGAGCAUGAUCUACUCAGGUCUAGAGUUUGGUCAGUAUUUUGAACUGGAAAAGGACACCAAGUGCCAUAACAUGCUCCUCGCCCUAACGCCAGCAACAAGAAUGGCAUUCAUCUUCAUUCAAAUGUAUUUCAUAUUUCUCAAUGACGAGCAACAAAUGCGUGUGACUCGCCACAGAAUCCUAGCAAGGUUCGGAUUGAUGCACAUGAUUGGAACCAAUCUGAGUGUGUGGCUGAACGUGCUAGUACAAGAAACAAAACACGAAAUACUCACUUUCUACAAUCCUGCUAAUAAUACAAUCGAAGUCGCUCACAGGAAUCCACACACAAUCUUCAACAAGCUGACGUCGACAACGACGGUGGCCCCCGUCCUGCACCGGGUAGCCCGCGGCCUGAAGGGAGGACCCCACCACCUCUACGAGUGCCGGCGCACCAACAUCAUCGGCUCCCUGGUGCAGGACGCCAGCCCCUUCCUCUUCCCCUGCACCAUCGAGUACAGCCUCAUCUGCGCCGCCAUUCUCUAUGUCAUGUGGAAGAACAUCACUCGAGUCUCGUUGCCACCACUGCAUCCUGUCAACGAGCGCUUUGACAAGAUCGCAGCUCUAUCUCACUACAAGCGAUCCCCCCACCACUACUCGGUGGACUGUGCGCAGGCGCACAAAGGCCUGUUCGUUGGCAUCCUGACGCUGGUGCUCACCAUCAUCUCUCUGAUCCUGUUCUUCGUGCUCAUCUCGCGACCUGAACUGGUCAGUUUCGCCGUCAUGGAGCUCACCAUCUGCGAACUGUCGCUCUAUGCUAUGACCACCAUAGCAACGCUCUUCGGAAUGAUACAGGUUCGACAGUUGAAGUACGACGGAGCCCGCAAUCUAGAGCUGGACAACAUCCUGCUGAUUGGAGCCCAGACCGGGAUGUUCAUCUACAGCACAUUCACGAUCAUCGGAGGCCACUUCACCAUUGAGGAGAACACCCUGCUCGUCCUCGUCACCGCCUGUGCUUCACUCCUCCAGACAUUGUGUCAGACCAUGUUUGUGCUCGAUGCCUCAAGAAGGUCCUGCGUAACCCCGGAGCAAAUCCACAGAAAACCGGGCCGCGAGAUCGUGACCUUCCUGCUGGUGACGAAUCUGGCGAUGUGGGCCAUCAACACGCUGGAGAAGUCACGUGCCGAGAGCCACCCCAUCCAGCUGCACUUCUACGGCCUGUGGGCAUGGACCAUCAUCACCCACGUGUCCAUGCCGCUCGCCAUCUUCUACCGCUUCCACUCCACCGUCUGCCUCUGCGAGAUCUGGAAACGCGCCUACAAGAUGAAGCCCGUCUACAUGUAGGAUUCGGCCACCGACCCCAGGUUUCACUUUGCAGUAGACCUGGGUCAGGUGAUAGAUGAUGAAAACCCAAACUGAAAACUUCUCACAGAACAGAAGAAAAAUGGAAACUUCUUACAGAACAGAAGUCCCAUAACGAAAUAUAAUGCCAAAGAUCAAAGUGAUCGUAAAUACCACACCAAUUUUCCUCAUUUUUGUUCAUUCAUGAUAUCGAAGGUUUGUCAGUAUUUUAAUAUGUUACCUACAAUGGUAAGUAUAACGUGUCUCAUUUAAUGAGUAAUUUAUGAAUAUAUUUAUUUUCCUCAUAGACGUGGCCUAAGAAUCAAAUAAUAAUCUGUUAUUGUUAUAUUUGGAAAAAUGAUAUGUUUAAUUUUUAAUUCUUGAUAAGCAGCUCUAAUGGACAUUCUUCUCAUCGCUGUAUUACUCAUUUAUGUAAAUAAUUUCCUAACUUGACAAAUUGUAGCAUUGUGUUCUUGUAUAAUAUAUUGUAAAAAAAUAUUUAAAAAGAAAAUUCGGUACUUUAAAAGUAUCUAUUUGUGUGCCAUUUAUGAAAUUAAUGUAGAACUUGUAUCAAUCUGGGUAUCAAGAAGUGUUGAUGAUAUCCUAUUUGAUUCCAAUAAUUAAUAAUUACGAUCAACUAUGAAAAUCGAAUUCUACAAACAUGUUUGAUAUAUUAGCCUGGUUCAAAAUAUUUUCCUAUUUCAAAAUUAUAACAUUUAUCUGAAUUGAUUUUAUUGUGGAUGUCAAGCAAUACAGAACCGUAACAACAUAUUAUUGAUUAACUUUUAAGUAGACCUGUUCUUUUCUAACAAGAUUUUUUUUUAAUUCGCUUAAUCUAGUCGGUUUUUCUUAUUUGUGAUACAACAAGAUUGUUGAUAAUUUUUUUUGAAUUUCACUUUUUUAAUUAAUUUUAUUUGAAACGCCAUCUCAUCAUUUAUCUGUGUGAUUUAAAUUCAAAAUUCAUCAUUUUUUUAAAGAUCCUUUCAUUUUUAGUAAUUAAAACGAAAUUGCAUUGGUAUUAAAUUAAUAGAGAAUAAAGUAAUCUACCGUUAUGUGAGUGGUAAUACUGUACUGUAUUAUUCGUGUUGCCGACGCUAAGGUAAUUGUUUGAAAGAACGCUCUCUGUAUGCAAUGCUUUGAAAUAAUAUGAAUAUGAACGCAAAUGUCAUUCUAGGCUAGUAUAUUACAGUACUAUUGAAAGUUAUACUCCUUUAAAUAAGUCAUUGAACCAACUCGUAGUCUAGGGUUUAGGGUACGGGCUACCAUAAAUAGUAAUACUAUAGAUCUAAAAAUAUCUGUAUGGUAUAUUACGGUAUAUAAUUGGAAUCAAUAUGCUCCUACUAAAAAUGUUAUAGAUGCUUCUCAUUCAGUACGGUAUUUGGAUGAAUAUUAGAAAUGAAUCAAUGAAUGGAAACAGAAUACUCUGUCAGUAGUAUUGAUAAAUAUAGAUAACUUUUAUCAGACUUUUGAAGGCUGCAGGCGGAAGCUAUGUAUAUAAAAGUCUUGAGAAAUUCUAGCGGACCAGAUUUUUUAUAAUAAUAUAACUACUAGGUUUUUCCAACAUAUUUUUGACUUUUUAGUUUUUGAGUAGCUGUUUAGAUUUCAUGACUGAACCAAUUUUUAGACUGGACUCUGAAUAGUUAGGAGAUUGAUUGCAGAGUAUAUCGUUGGGGAUAGUUCUGUCAAUUUUCAUAAGAAUGUAUCUAGCCUAAUCAUUCAUUUGAAAAAAAAUUAGAAGUAAUGAAAUUUAACGAUUUUUAGCUUAUUCUGUUAAUGUAUCAAAUAUUUGUUGAAAUAUUAGAAUAAUGUGGAUCUUUCAAGAAUUGAAUAAUCUCUCAUAUUUGAUUGUUUGAGUUAACUUCACCUCUCUUUUUUGAUUCAUUGUUGCAUAAGACUUUUAUAACUUUACUCUCAAGGUAGGUAAACUAUUUGAGUUUCAGACUCAUGAUGAAUGCACCAAGUUAUUUGUAAGUCGUUAAAAAUGACUUAUUUGAUUAUUUUUAGAGAACUAUUCCCAAUGUUUUAUUUCUGGCAAUGGUGACAAUAUUCUAGAUGAGAACAUUGAGUCUGAGUUAGCCGAAACCAGUAAAUUUAUAAAACCUAUUUUGAACAUAUUUUAUAUAAAAAUGUAUCGUUUUCGUUUUAAACCUAUGUAACUAUUUUUCCUACAUUGAAUGUUUAGGAUCAUAUUUCAAAUCAAUUAGCGUUAAAAUAUUUUGAUCAACACAUUGAAUUGGAUACGAUACGUCAGUUAUUCUAUUAUUAAUCGUGGAUGAUGAAAAAAUUUUUAAUUAUAAUUGUAGGAGACUUCUAUUCCAACUCAAUUACUAAAUAGUUGGGGAGAUCAACAUGGAGUAGAGAAACGUAUUGUAUUCAUGAAUACAAUGAUUUCUUCAGUAGUUCUGGCCCUGAUUUUGGAAAUAAAAAAGCUCCUUGAGUGCAAUAAGUGUUAUGAGACUUUGUGUACCAAAGGAUCGAAUGCUAAAUUGAUAUUGUUGAGAAAUAGGUUCAACCAAUGACCAAUUCAAAGAGAUUAUUAUAUCUCAUUUUUCUUUUCAAAGUCAGGACCAGGAAUUAUCGAUUGAACGCAAUACCUUUAUGAAUCAUAUUUCAAAUAAACAUAAUAAAGAAGUAUUAAAUUUUCCUAGAGCAUAAAAAUUUGAAAAUACAGUAUUAAAAGUUGCCCAGAAUUAAUCGUAGCAUGAAUAAUCUCCUGUAUUUAUCAACAGUAAAAUAGUCUAACAUGAGAAAUAUUCUUCAAAGAUUCAUCUUCCAUUGUAACAAUUAGCGAGAUAUAUCUUUUACAUCUUGUACUAGGUAUAUUAAUAGGUUUUACUCAGGUAAAAACACCAGCUCUUUAUAAUUAGUGUUGUGAAUAUGUAUAUCUACUAAUAAAUUCAUUAUCUUAAAGCGUUGAAAUUGGAAAUAAACGUGUAAUUGAGGAAAACUAUAUUUAGUUCGGAUGAAUGAAUUUAUAGUUUUAUGCAGCAUAUUUGAAAAUCACAUUAAUAACUGAUAUAUAUUGAUAGCCUAGAUUAGUAUAGUCCUUUUAUUACGCAGUGUAGUGUUCAAUUGCUGAUUGUUAUAGAUUCCCUAUUGUUUGAAAAUAUGCUAUUGGAAUAAUUUCAUGGUUGUGAUUGGUAACUGAUUGUACAAACUAUAUAUUAUUAUAUUUGUGUGGCCUGUAGAGAUGAUAUAUGGUAUAUAUUUCACUACAGUCAUUUCCAUGUAGAGUGUAGUAAUUUAAAAUAACUGUGGUAUGAAUCGUAUUUGAUGCAUUUAUUAAAAUUAAAGUAGCUUUGAGCCAGAUAUUGUAAACCUAUUUGAUUAUAAUGCUAGAACAAUUAUUAAUUUUAUUAAUAACAUGAAAUAUCAGUUGACAACAUUAACAGAUUGUAAAUUUUUGUUUGAAAUAUCAUAAACGUGUCCCUCCAAAUUGAGUCCAAGGUCCAACAAUUAUGUACGAUAUUAAUCAAUAGAUUGAGAAUAAUUUGUCUCAUCUUUCCAUGAUCAAUCUUUGAUUCCAUGAUGAUAUCUUUUCAGAUGUGUUCAAUUGGUUUCCAUAUUCAGAAUAUAAAAUAUAGAAAUAAUCCAUACUUCCAACAUACCUCAUACUAUUAGUACUUGCUUGAUAUGCUCUUGUGCUUGGGAAAAUACUCUUAUUGUUUGAGUUUAAAACAAAAAAAACUAAAUAUUCUAUCUUCAACAUUUCUCUUAAUAUGUAAAAAAUUAAUAGUCUUUUAACCUAUAUGAAAAUAAUAAUUGUAAUAAAAACAGAAAGUUGAUCAUUUUAGUCCAUUCCAUCAUGUCUUCCGAACCCAAGUCUGAUGAAUAUAAUAUUUUUGUUACUUUGAUAGUAACAUUUUCCGAUGUUCAGUGACAUUUUCUCUAGACCAAUAUUACCCAAAAGUACAUGAUUUAAAUUUUCAUCGCACUUCAACAAACUUAUUCACAAAUAGAAAAGGUGCUGUAAAUAAUAUUGGUAUUACUGUUAAGUGAAUUGUAUCUCUAAUCGCACACACCAAAUAGAAUAUUAUAGCUAUUGAAAUUUGACAUUUUGGAGAAGAGAUUAAUAUACCUACUUUAAACUAGAAAUCUAGGUAGUAUGCUGGAAACACUCGUGUAUGUUGGAAACUCUCAUAAACUCUAUGAUUAAAUAAAAAUUAUAUUAAAAAAAUCGAAUUCAUAAAUACUGGAAAUAUAUCUAAUUCAGGUACUUCCUAAAGAAACCCAUAGUCUAAUCUCUAAUGAAUUAACAAUAAAGAAAUAAUAUUGAUAAAAAUAUGAAUUCCUUCAAUGGAAAAUUGACUGCUCCUAUUUGACUUAUUUAUACGUUGAGGAGAAUUUCUAAUAUUUGACAAUACACACUGUAUCAGAAAGUUUUCAACUUUGAAAUGAUUAGCCCAAUCAUUUACAACUUGAAAAUGGAGAAUUUCAAAACAUAUGAGAGCAAAUUGCUCCAUUUGCAUAUCAAAUUGUUUCUAGAACAUGGACCCAAUUUUUCUUGGUUUUCCACGUACCGAAAUGAAAGGUAAAAGUCAACUCUAUGAAUGUUGUGUCUGUACCGAAACUCUCUGUUAUUUUUUGUAGAAACGAUUAUUAUUCAGAAAGGAGGAUUGUAUAAAAAGCAUUGUAUAUUCAAGAAUCGAUAUGUGUAGGUAGCGCAUUUUAGCUAUAAAUUUGAAAAUUAUUUUGAUGUCAAUAUACUGUAGCUCCCUAGAUGAUUUAUAAACUCUAUAUUUGUAAUUUAGUCGAUAAGUCAACUGCAUUUUUUCUCGUAUGAAAUGUACUACAAUAGGAAGGAUUCUAAUGUGUUGGAUCAUAAAAUAUAAAAUUAAGUUUUCAUAAUACACAUGUAAUUGAGGUUGUGUUAACAAAAUAUCUUUAGAAUAAUAUUGAUGGUAAACAAGUGUUACAGCCAUGCCAAAAAUAAACUAUAUUAAGGUUUUUAUCAAUGUCUACUUUCAAAAUCCAUGACAUUCUAUCUAUAAUACAUUUGUUGUUGAACGAAACACUGCCAACAUGAUAAUCCUGAAGAAACAAGAUGAGAAUAUGUCAUGUUUUAAAUAAAAAAAAUCGUGUAAAUAGAGUGUUUGAAUACGUAGGUUUUGCCACUUUUGAAAGUACCGGUACCACUCCUGAGGCAUCUCCAGUUUAGCUGGUACCUAUGUAGAUUAUUGUGAAGUUACUUCUUGUGUUCCAGCUCUCUUCAAUAUUGUAAUGAAAAAAUACUCUGGAAAUAUUUUGCUAAAUGGUUCUACUUAAAGACCAAAUUCUAAUAUUGAUUAACGUGAUAUCUAAAAGCACUCUUUUCUUUUAGGUAAAGCUUAUGCUGAUAUUUAGUAAUAUGCAAAUCAACUUACCAAAAUGAUUCAACUUUACAAAAUAUAUUGGUAUUUUAUCUAUGUAUAUUCUCAGCAAAAUUGAAUAAGUUUAAUGUUUUGAAAAACAAAAUCGAUUUCAACUUUUUAGUUUCUAUGAACUAAUAAGUAUUGUACCUGAACUAUUGGAUGUGUACAUGUUCAUAUUACAUGCACUAUUUCGUUCUAUUCACUAUUUCGUUCACUUUGCUUAAGUUUGAAACUAACUGUAUAUUAUGAGAUCAUUAUUUCAAAAUCACAUACAUCAAUAAACUUGUAAUUUUUAUUAUACUGUUUCUGUAAUAAAGAGCCAAUAUUCCUAUCACACAUAGUCUACAUUUUCAGAUUUUUGGAUGAGAUUCUGUAAAAGAGUUCUAAGACUGCUUCAACCUUGACUAAACAGUUAAUUAUUACAUUCCUAGUAUGUUCCUACAAUAUUGUUAUCAGUACACUUUUUGUAAUUAACCUUUCAGAUCUGGAUUUUUUAAUAGCAGCUAAUGAGAUUGAAUAUUGAUAAGUCACUUGAUUAUUUCUCAAUCCGGAGUUAACCCUCUUCUAGUAUGCAUUACUUCAACAUCUAAUUACAGUAGCUGAAGUCAUGAAAAUUACUCAGAUGAGUAGAUUUUUUUCAGUUUUUUGACGGAUAGUUUGUCAUCUUAUGAGACCGGCCUCUCUGAGUAAUUAUACAAUAUUUUUAUAUACUUACUUAAAAUAUAAGUUAUCUCUUAAAAAAAGUUUUAUCCCUUUCAGAAUAAUACAUAUUUGUCAACUUGAAUAAUUACUAUUUCCUCUAUUUUCUUUGAACUUUUAUGAAAUGAAUUAUUAAUAGAUUAACAGUUGAAAAAUAUUCAAGCUACUUGUCAAAAAUUUAUGUGUUUGAAUUUUGCGUGGCUUAAGCAUGAAUACAUUUCAAAAUAGAAUAUUUCCUCUUCGCUUAUGGUGAAAUCGGGGAAUAUACAUCAUCGCAUAUAGGAUUAAAUUACAAUGAUUUCGCAUUUCCAACAUAAUCCUAAUCAAUUGAAAAUACUGUACUACACUUUUUUUAAAUAAUUUCAUGAAUUCAUUGCGGGGGAAUAUACUUCAUAGCAUAUAGGAUUGAAUUGCAAUGAUUUUGUAUUUCUAACAAUAUAAUCCUAAUCAAUUGAAUUAUACUGUACCAAAUUUUGUUCAUAAUUGCAUGAAUUCAUUGCUGCUUUGAUGUUCAUUACACCUCAGUGUAUCCAAAUGAAAAAUUUCGCAUAUCUUUUUUAACAUUGUUCAGAAUAUUAUAAGUGCUCAACAUUGUUGAUUUAUUAAAAAAAAUAUAUUUGAGAUUAUUUGUUAUUUGUACAUUUUUCAUUGAGAAGUCUAUUAUUGUAUAUAUUUUGAGUCUGUAUACUGUAUUAUAUUCGAGGUAUUGGUCAGUUUUCAUGAUGUAAUCUAUUCUCUUUAGACAGUUAUUCCAAGAUGUCUAGUAUCUUUCUCUCUAGACAUCUUUCCAGCCCACCUAGUUGUAGGUAUCUAAUAAAAUCCUCAUAAUACUAAGCUAUAACAUGGAUUCUUCACUGCAUCACUGGUGUUGCAAUCAAUACUAAAAUAUUGUAUUAACUAACACAUUUUUUUCAUUUGAAAAUAGCUUUCUUUUGAAGUUCCUAGUUUUUUUUCUUCAUCCUUCAUGAAGAUAAUUAUUAAUAGUGUAAAUGUGAAAAUGAUGCCAUAAAUCCCUCAAUAUAAUUGUUAUAUUAAGACUGAAUGUCAUUUUCAAUUUUCGUGAAUAGUCUAGUGUGCAUGAAAUUUCAAAUUCUAUUCAUUAUAAACUCUCAUGUACACUACUUAUAAGGUUGUAUUCAUAUUCAUGUUUAAUGUACGCUAUUUGUUUGUGAAUUGUGAUUAUGUAACUAAAUCAUUCAUGUUUCAAAUACUUCUAUCUGUUAAUUUGCUUGACUAUUUCAAUAAACUUUCAUAUUCGGAA